AUGUUCUUCGUCAAUGAARCCGUGGACGUCAUACUCGGUGGCGACGUCUAUCCACAGAUUAUGCUUGUUGGCAUACGCAAGAACGUACAGGGAUCGCUUCUUGCGCAAGAGACCGUGUUCGGUUGGAUAGUCACGGGGCGUGCAAAUAGAAUUGAGCUAACCAACACUUGCUUCUCAUAUUGCAACGAAAUAUCGCUGGAAAAGCAGUUAGCUUCAUUCUGGGAAGAGAUGCCCAAGGAAAGGAAAUUAAGAGAAGAAGACAGGUAUUGUGAAGUUUUCGUGAACAAAAACACAACGAAGCGAAAUGAAGACGGAAAGUACGUUGUAUCGCUACCAUUUAGGAAAGACUAUCCGGUCAACAUUAGGUUAGGUAGUUCAUUAAAGAUUGCGUACACCCAGUUUUAUCGCAAUGCAACUCGGUUGUCCAAAGAUGAAAAUCUGCAAAAAGAGUACAACUGGGUUUUAAAGGAAUACGUUGAGAUGGGUCAUAUGGUAAAGAUACACACCUAUCAAAGGGCCGACUCUAGUGACAACUAUUACCUGCCUCACCAUGCCGUUAAGAAAGAAGAGAGCACAUCUACAAAAGUGCGUGUGGUGUUCAAUGCAUCGCAAUCAAGUUCAAACU